AAAAAAAAAGUCGUGCGAACUCCGAGGUCAACAGCAGAGGAGGGCCACGUGACGUUCAGGAGGUUUUAAACCGCGCUUUAAUUAGAGUCAGCUCUUCCAAGAGCAGACAGAGUUUGUGGAAUAACGCUUGCCGUCGGAGAAGUGAAACAGGAAGGCGUGGUGAAGAUGAAGCUUCAGAAAAGGCUGCUGUACUUAGUAGGAAUUUCAAUAUUACUCUCUAUUGCGAUUGCGAAAGAUAUUCCUCAAAUCAAUGAAGUAGCAGAGAAGGAUCAGUUGGAUCUCAUAGAAGAGGAUGAAAACCUGAAUGAAAUAGAUGACUCUAGUUCAGAGAAGUCAUCUGAAAAUGAGAUCAGGGGAGGAUAUGUUGAAGAUCCAUGUCUAAAUGUUCGAUGUGGUGCGGGAAGAAUUUGUGAAGUGAACGAUAAGGGAAAAGGAGAAUGCGUUUGCAUCCCUGAAUGUCCACAAGAAACAGAUGAAAGGAGAAAGGUAUGCAGCAACCAUAACGAAACUUGGAUCAGUGACUGCGAGGUAUACAGGAUGCGAUGCUUCUGUGCAGAGGACUCUGAAGAAUGUAAAAUCAAGAAAUACAAGCACGUCCAUGUCGACUACUAUGGAGGUUGUAGAGAGAUUCAACCAUGUUCAGAAGAAGAAAUGGAAGACUUUCCAAGGCGCAUGCGCGAAUGGCUCUUCAAUGUGAUGCAAGAUUUAGCCAAACGCAGGGAACUGGAUGAUUCUUACUUGGAGCUGGAACAAGAAGCUGAACGGGAUUUAAGCAAGAAAUGGUCCAACGCCGUUAUUUGGAAAUUCUGUGACCUUGAUUCUCAUCCUUCUGACAGGUCAGUAUCUCGUCACGAGCUCUUUCCAAUCCGCGCACCUCUAUUGGCCAUGGAACAUUGCAUUGCACCAUUUUUGGACAAGUGUGACGCGGACGACGAUCAUCGUAUUAAUCUCAAAGAAUGGGGAUUAUGUCUUGGCCUAAAAGACAAUGAAAUUGAAGAUAAAUGUGCUGAAAUUAGAGAUAAUGAAUAAGUUGUUGUAAAGAUUUCUUGUUCGCUCACUGCCAAAAAAAAUCCUUUACAUUUCAGAAAUCUGUUUUGUUAAUGAACAAAUUAAUAACAUGCAAGAGAUGCAUUAACUACACACAUAAAAACUUUUUUUAUAUGCUUUAGUGUUGUGUCAGGAAGAAAAAUCAUGCCAUUGUAACUGUUGUAUUUAAAUGAAAAUAUAAAAUGUACUUCUCACUAGAUUGUUUUAGUAUCAAGAACUGGGUUAACGUCGGAAUACUUUUGUGUUUCCUGUGCAAUGUGUUGACUUGUUGUGGACCUGAAAGACUUAUUUAAUAUUGCAUCCACAUGUUGUAUAAAAUAAAUUAAAAAAUAAAAUCUUGUAGCAUU